CUGUAAUCCCUCUUUUCUUUUUGUUCUUUGUACUUCCUUCUUUUCCAUUCCAUUCUACUCGUCCCAACUUCCAUCGAUUCAACCACAGCAUAUAUAUCAACUAUGAACUCUCCCAGCACUGCACACCACCGUGCCUUUGACGAGCACUCUCGUCUGCAAUCCAAACCCCAGACUUUGGAUGAUAUUUAUGGUGAACCCGAAAAUUUUUUGGAGAUUGAAGUCAGGAAUCCUCAAAACCACGGUGUUGCCCGCAAGAUGUUUACUGACUACGAAAUUGUCUGCCGUACAAACAUUCCAGCUUUCAAGUUGAAGAACUCAUCAGUCCGCCGCCGUUAUUCUGACUUUGAAUGGUUCCGGGAUGUGUUAGAGCGCGAGUCUUCCAGAGUUAAUAUUCCUCCAUUGCCUGGAAAAGUUUUUACUAAUCGCUUCACAGAUGAAGUCAUUGAGCAACGUCGCGAGGGCCUGGAGCGAUUUUUGCAGAUUGUUGCUGGUCACCCUCUUUUGCAAACAGGAAGCAAGGUGCUUGCAGCCUUUAUUCAAGAUCCAAGCUUUAGCAAGGAUUAUUAUCAUUAUUAAACUCUUCAGAUAGGAUUGUCAUCCUUUAGCCCUU